AUGCUGCUGACGGAGAACAGCCAGCUGCGUUUGCUGCUGCAGCAGCAGCAGCAGCGGGAUGGUGUGUUUUUGCCUGUAGAUAUGUAUAAGCAGCAGCAGCAGCAGCAGCAGCAGCAGCAGCAGCAGCAGCAGCAGAAAAUACAACAGCUAGAAAUUCAUAUACACAAACUCCAGCAGCAAGAUAUACUGCAGCAACAAACCAUGCAGCAGCAACACACGCAGCUGCAGCAGCAGCAGCAGCAAAUAAAACAAACGCAGGCUUCUCUACAACUCGCCCAGAAGAGUCUUAAGGAAGAGCAGCAGCUGACCGAAGCCCUGCAGCAGCAGCAGCAGCAACAUGCAGCAGCAGCAGCUGCUGCUGCUGCUUCCCUCCAAAGGGCAGUUGAGGAUAUCGCGCUGCUGCAGCAGCAGCAGCAACAGCAGCAGCAGCAGCAGCAAGCAGCAACAGAAGCAUGCACAAAAUUCACUGCAGCUCUAAAGGCUGAUGUUGCUGCUGCUGCAGCAGAGCAGCAGCAGCUGCUGCAGCAAGUGCAGCAGCUGCUGCAGCAGCUGCAGCAGACGGAGCAGCAACGCAACGAAUGUAUAAAAGGAGGAGCAGCAGCAGCAGCAGAACAGCAGCAGCAGCAGCUGCUGCUGCAGCAGCAGCUCAAUGCCCACAGCGUCUUAGUUAUGGAUAUUCAAAAGAAGCAGCAGCAGCAGCAGCUGCUGCUGCAGCAGCAACUGCAGCAACUGCAGCAGAAGGCCGAGGCAAUCGAUGCAGCGACAAAGGCAAGCUCUUUGCUGCUGCUGCUGCUGCUGUUGCUGCUGCUGCUGCUGCUGCUGUGUGGGCAGUUCCAUCUACAGCAGCAGCAGCAGCAGCAGAGGGAAGAGAAGCAGCAGCAGACACAGCAGCAGCAGCAGCAGCAGCAGAAGCAGCAGCUGCACUAA